AUGUUGGAUACGUUGGAUAUUGCGGUCAUCACUGCCUUGGCGCUAGCUGUGGCCUACUAUUUUGGAAAAGACUAUAUAGUUUCGUCUGACCCCCAUUCAUCUGGCUUUCUCGCAGACGAUGGCAGCGAAAAUGAUAGAGAUCUCAGUUCCACUUUGAAGAAGAACAACAAAAACGCUGUUGUUUUUUACGCAUCCCAGACGGGAACUGCCGAGGACUAUGCCCACAAAUUGUCCAAGGAGUUGACUUCGAAAUUCGGUUUGAGAGUCUUGAUUGCAGAUACAGCAGACUAUGACUACGACAAUGUUCAGAAUUUGGACCCAGACUAUCUUUUCUUCUUUGUGGUUGCAACAUACGGCGAGGGAGAGCCAACUGACAAUGCAGUGGAGUUUUUCAACUGGUUGGAGAAUGAGGCGGACCAAUUGGCCAAUGUUAAGUACACGGUGUUCGGUUUGGGCAACUCAACGUAUGAGUUCUACAAUGCCAUGGGCCAAAAAUUGAACGAGAAGCUCGAAUCCCUUGGAGCAGAGCGCAUUGCUCCAUAUGGCCAAGGCGACGACGGAAUUGGAACUAUGGAUGAGGACUUUCUUGCUUGGAAAGAAAGUUGUUUUGACGCUUUGAAGACCAACUUGAGCCUUGAAGAACGUGAACUGGUUUACGAACCUUCUUUCAAGCUUACUGAAGAUGAUAGUUUAUCCAGCUCAGAUGCUGGAGUUUCGAAUGGUGAGCCAAACAAAGCAUAUGUCGAUUUUACCAAAGAUUUGACAAAGGGUCCAUUUGACCACACACAUCCAUACCUUGCUCCUAUCACGAAGACUAAAGAAUUGUUUAACUCAAAGGAUAGACACUGUGUUCAUGCAGAGUUUGAUAUUUCAGGCUCCAACUUAAGGUACACUACAGGUGACCAUUUAGCGAUCUGGCCGUCCAACUCUAAUGAAAAUGUUGCUCAAUUCUUAAAAUGUUUUGGCUUGGCAGAAAAGGCAGACACUGUUUUCUCUUUGAAGGCUUUGGACUCUACUGUGGCGCUUCCUUUCCCAACUCCAAUUACCUAUGAAGCAGUUGUGAGACACCAUUUGGAAAUCUCAGGUCCCAUUUCCAGACAAGCCUUUGCAUCUAUUGCUCCAUUCGCUCCAAAUGAAGACGCCAAGAAGGAAUGUUUGAGAUUGGGCGGAGACAAGUUGGUUUUUGCUGAGGAAAUUCAUGGCAAAUAUCUCAAUUUGGCUGAUGCUCUUUUGUCAAUCUCUAAAGGUCUUCCCUGGACUAGUGUUCCAUUCGUCUUUUUGAUAGAGCUCAUUCCUAGCUUGCAACCUCGUUACUACUCCAUCUCCUCCUCAUCCAUGAGCGAAAAGACCUCGAUCCAUGUUACCGCUGUUGUCGAAGCCGAGGAACACGAUGGCCAUCUUGUCACUGGUGUGGCCACAAAUUUGUUGAAGGACAUUGAAGUUCAUCAAAACCACUCGGAUGACAAGACAUAUGCAUCCUACGACUUGAAUGGCCCAAAGAACAAAUUUAGCAACUAUAAACUUCCAGUCCAUGUUCGGAGAUCAACAUUUAAGUUGCCAUCCAAUCCAAGUACCCCAAUUAUUUUAGUGGGUCCUGGAACAGGUCUUGCACCUAUGAGAGGUUUUAUCAGAGAGAAGGUUAAGUUACUCGAGACGUCACUGAACGCCCCUCUUGGUAAGAUUUUAUUAUUCUACGGUUGCAGAAACAAAAACGAGGAUUUCCUUUACAAGGAUGAAUGGCCAGAAUACUCAAAAGUGCUUGGAGAGAACUUUGAGUUGGACGUGGCCUUUUCACGUGAAGACCCCAAUAAAAAGGUCUAUGUUCAACACAAAAUCUUGGCAAGAGCUAAGGAGAUCAACGCACUUUUGGAAAAAGGUGCAUUCAUCUAUGUUUGCGGUGAUGCAUCGAGAAUGGCCAGAGACGUCCAGUCCACGUUUGUUGAAAUUCUUGCUAGUGAAAGAGGCAUUUCCACUGAGAGAGCGGCCGAGUUGGUCAGAUCUUUCAAGGUGCAAAAUAGAUACCAGGAAGAUGUGUGGUAG